GAUAUACAUUGGGACUCAUUUCUUAUUUUGCUAACGUUAAAUUAAAUGAAUGGCAACAAACAACACCUGUCUAUCCUGCGCGAGUGUGCGCGGCGCGGAGAAAAUUUAAGAAAAAAUAAAAAAAGAAAAGAAAUGGCAGUUACUAGAGAGAAAGAAAAUUGUUCAAGAAAAAUUAAUGGAAAUAUACCUGCAUUAUCCCUCAAUAGUGAUAAUAUGUCGACAUCGACGGACAGUGACGACGUAGCGGACCCGACAUAUGAAAUUAGGAACAUUCGUAGUAUUAUAAACGUGACCCGUGAAAACAUUGAUGCACUAAACGCGAAAUUUGCUGGUUUUCAGCACCCGCCACCGUUGUAUUUAUCUGAAUAUCAGGAGUUGACGUUGAAGUUGCAUAACUUAGAAGGGACUUUACGGGAAUUGUUGUCCGAGUCGCCGGAUAGGAGUGAAGAGUGUUCUUUACAGGAUGACUCGAAGAAGUAUGACACGCUUACGAGGCAGCCGAAGGUGUUCCUACGGGCGCACCUUCCUAACCAGCAGCGUACGAGUGUGCAGGUGAAGGAAGGUGUGACUCUGCGGAAGGCGCUUUCUAAGGCGCUUAAGCUACGUAAUUUAACUUGUGAAAUGUGCGAAGUGGUGAGGACAGGCAAUAGCCAAGUGAUUCCCUGGGAUGUUGACAUCACAAUGAUUGAUGCUGUUGAGGUAACAGUCCGUACAUUGGACAAGCUGCCGAUAAUGUCCCACAUGUCACAUCAGUUUACAAGGAAGACAUUCUUCACACUGGCAUUCUGCGAGUGCUGCAGACGGUUGCUAUUUAAUGGCUUCUACUGCUCGCAGUGCAAUUUCAAGUUCCACCAGCGCUGUGCAGACAAAGUGCCCAGCAUAUGUCACCAGAUGCGUGUAACAGACACGUACUAUGCGGCGCUGCUGGCUCAGAACCCGGAGACGCAGGCGGGCAUCCUACACUACCCCUCCCACUUUGGAUACCAUCACAUGAUGAACAGACCUGACCAGAGCAAGUCUCAACACCCUCGCUCAUUGAACCAGCAGGACCGCUCCAACUCGGCCCCCAAUGUCUGCAUUAACAUGGUGCAGCGUCCCAUCACCCUCGCUGAACACCAGAGGAAAAACAAUCAGACUAACAACUCGCCACAGUCAAACAAAUAUCUGACAUCGGGCAGACAUAACAAGGAGGAUAAGGACAAGGGUGCAGAGCAGCACAGUCACAGCACACAGGCGUCGCCGACGGGCACGCUGCGGCCGCGGCGGGCGCGCGCGCGCUCCGCGGACGAGUCGUGGAAGCACGCGCUGUCGCCGCGCGAGAGCUACGACGACUGGGUCAUACAUGCAGACGAGAUACUCAUCGGACCACGUAUCGGUUCGGGCAGCUUCGGGACAGUGUACAAGGCGCACUGGCACGGGCCCGUCGCAGUCAAGACGCUCAACGUGAAGACACCCACUCCAGCGCAGCUGCAGGCAUUCAAAAAUGAGGUCACAUACUUGUAUUUAUCUAAUCAUCUUGUAUUUAUUUUACAUUGCCUGAUUACUUAAAAUUAUUCAAAGGUA